AUGAUGAUUGCUGUCGUUCCACAGGAGAACUACGAGAUGUGCCUGCUGCCGCUCGUUAACACGCCCGUGCUCGACUACACCCUCGAGUUCCUGGCCUCCUCGGGAGUGAAGGAGAUCUUUGUCUUCUGCUGUGCUCAUCCCGAGCUCAUCUCGGCCCAUCUGGAUGGCUCAAAGUGGACCAAGGCCUCGUCCAAGGUCACUGUUACCACCAUCAUCAACACUCAGUGCAUCACUAUUGGUGAUGCCCUGCGGGAUAUGGACUCCAGGGAUGUCAUCUCGGGCGACUUUGUCCUCGUGGCCGGCGACGUCGUCUCCAACCUCGACCUCCGCCCCGUCAUCGCCGAGCAUAAGAGGCGCCGGGAGGCCGACAAGGGCGCCAUCAUGACUUCGGUGUACAAAAAGGUGGCGCCGUCGCACCGUACCCGCUCGCUCAACGAUGACGUCAUUGUCGGGCUCAACACAGAGACGUCCGAGGUGGUCUACUUCUCGUCCGAGGUCGAGUCGUCCAAGAUUGAUCUCGACGUCCGGCUCUUCACCGAGGUGCCCAAACUCGAGCUCCGCCAUGAUCUGCUGGACACCUUUAUCGACAUCUGCGCACCCGAGGUGCUCAUGCUGUUUUCGGACAACUUUGACUACUCGGACUUGCGCUCCGACUUUGUGCGCGGCAUUCUCGGCGCCGAGAUUCUCGGCAACAAG